AGAGUUGUUCGGGCCCGCCCCUGCUCUCCGCUCCUCUGCUGCCGCUGGUCGGAUACAGCCACAGCGAGCCACCGUCCAGAAAUGGUGUAGAAUAUCAGGAAAAACGGCGAGGGAUCGCGACCAUAAAGAGGAGCGAGGCUACCAGACUUACGACAACGGCACAGGAGAGCCAUUCAGAAGAGCCGGGGGUCAAAGGUGAGAAGAGCAGAGGGCACCAUGGAGAGUGAGACGGGGGCCCCUGCCUCCACGGCCAGCAGCACCGGGACCACCACCUCCUCCACCUCCACCAGCUCCUCCAGCACCACAGCUGCCAGCAGUACUAGUACCUCUAACACUACUGCUACUACUUCUAUCACUUCCACUAGCAGUAGUAAUAGCAGUAGCAGCAGCAGUAGUAGUAGUAACACUAGCAAUAGUUCCAGUAGUAGUACUACAGCAGGAAGACAGGCAGUGUCUCAGCUGUCUGCUGUUUACAGUGGGAUGCCUGACCGACAAACAGUGCAGGUGUUCCAGCAGGCGCUACACAGACAGCCCAACACGGCAGCACAGUACCUGCAGCAGAUGUACGCCGCUCAGCAGCAGCAUCUUAUGUUGCAAACUGCAGCCCUCCAGCAGCAGCACAGCCUCAGCACCGCUCAGCUCCAGAGCCUGGCCGCUGUACAGCAGGCCAGUAUCGCAGCUGGGCGGCAAAGCUCCUCACAGAAUGGCACUUCAUCUCAGCAAACGGGAUCUACUCAGGCUACGAUCAACCUGACCACCUCCCCAGCGGCAGCUCAGCUGAUCAGCCGGGCCCAGAGCAUUAGUUCUACCCCCACCAGUAUUUCCCAGCAGGCUGUUCUGCUGGGCAGCCCAUCCAGUCCCACUCUCACAGCCAGCCAGGCACAGAUGUACCUGCGUGCACAGAUGGCGCAGCAGAGUAACCUGGUGCAGGUGGCCAGGAGCCUGGGCAGGGCUGUUCCACUGUCCCCUCAGCUCAUCUUCACUCCAACAGCCACAGUGACGGCUGUCCAGUCAGAAAGCUCCACGCAGGCCUCCUCUCAGAAUCAGGUACAGAACCUUGCUAUCCGUGGCCAGCAGGGGGCGACCACGUCUUCCUCUCAAACUCAGACUCUGCAGGCUCUCAGUCUGAAGCAGAGCCCUGUGCCCAUCCAGCCCACCUCACUGAUCAAGAAUUCUAGCCAGGGGACGCAGGCCGCCACAGGGGGGAAGACCAGCUCCUCCGACAGCCUCUCCGAUGGAGGGAAGAAGGGAGAUGGUGCAGCAGUCACAGGUCGAGCUAUAAACAUGAGCCGCAGUGUUACGGCUGUCGGUGCUCAGCCUCUGAUUGCUCCAGCGUACACUCAGAUUCAGCCGCACUCCCUGGUUCAUCAGCACAAGCAGCAGCAGCAGUUCGUGGUCCACCAGAGUCAAGGUUCCCAGAAGACGACGGGCCAGCUGCUGCAGACAGCCUCCAUUCAGCCAUCGCAGCACCCUGUCCCCGUGCUUCCCAACCCUGCUCCACACCAGCCCUCCACGCCCAGCCAGCAGGCCACCAUCUUCCACUCCACCAUCAGCCCCCACGCCCUCCACUCCUCCCUCAGCCACGCCAAAGCUCAGCCCGUCCAGCUCACCGCCAUCAACCUUCAAAUACAGCCAACGGCCUCUCGACUGGUUCAGGACAGUAAAGAUAAGCCGACCUCACUGGUGGUGAGAGAGACGUGUACGACCCCAUCCACUCAGCAACAGCAGCAACAGCAACAACAGCAACAGCAACAGCAACAGCAACAGCAACAACAACAGCAGCAACAACAGCAGCAGCAGCAGCAGCAGCAGCAGCAACAGCAACCUACACCUUUGCCGUCACAACCCACCAAGCCUGUAGAGCAGCCCAAGGUCGACACAGCUACACCAGCUGUUCAGCCACAAGGAGGGGGCACGACCAAGAGGCCGAGCGCUGCACCUGGGUCCCCACCUCCAGCCAUGACCUCAGGAAAUGAGAGCGAGGCGCCCAGCGUGACGGGCAGCACCCCGCAGAAUGGAGAGAACAAACCACCCCAGGCCAUCGUCAAGCCCCAGGUCCUCACACAUGUCAUCGAGGGCUUUGUCAUCCAGGAGGGAGCUGAGCCGUUCCCGGUCUGUGUGGAGCGCCUGCCCAUCCUUAUUGACAGCCCAAAGAAGCUGGAUCAUCAGCUGUCCUCAGACCCUGACAAAACCCCAGUCAGCAACGCAGCAAACACAGACUCUGAGCCGGAGGACCAGCCAGAAAAAGAACAAGAACCGAAGCUGACGUGUGAGUACUGCGGCUGGGUUGACUUCGCCUACACCUUCAAGGGCUCUAAAAGAUUCUGCUCGGUGGUUUGUGCAAAGAGGUACAACGUGGGUUGCACAAAGAGGAUAGGCCUUUUCCAUCCAGAGAGGAAUAAACCAACGAACCGCUGGCGUAGAAGAUCUCAGGGUCGCUCCAGUAUAGAGGCAAAGAAGCAGAAGCUGUCCCCCUCACCGCAGCAGACUCAGGGCGGCUCCAUAUCCUCACCGCAUCCCUCGCAACCCAGUCAGGAGGAGUCCAGCCCAUGUUCGGACAUGUCCAGCUACGAGGAGCCGCCAUCCCCCUUGUCAGCAGCCAGCUCGGGACCCCACCUGGCCCCCACCCCAGCUCCGGCUCAGGUCACCGUCCACCGGCAGCCGAGCAGGGCCUCGGACCAGGAGGGCUGCACUGGGAGGGACGCGCCCUCGCUCUGUCAGCGCUUCUUGCCCAACGACCCUGCCAAGUGGAAUGUGGAGGAGGUUUAUGAGUUCAUCCGUUCACUGCCAGGUUGUCAGGAGAUAGCGGAUGAGUUUCGGUCUCAGGAGAUCGAUGGACAGGCCUUGCUCCUGUUAAAAGAGGACCACCUCAUGAGCACCAUGAACAUUAAACUGGGGCCUGCGCUCAAGAUCUUUGCACGCAUCAACAUGCUUAAAGACUUAUAGCAGGAAAAAGAGUGUGUGUGCAUUGAUCUGAGUUUGUCUGUUUUUGUACGUUGAUUUGUUUUGUGUGUGUGUAUGUGUGUGUGUGUGAGAGAGAGAGAGAGAGAGAGAGAGAGAGAGAGAGAGAGAGAGAGAGAAGAACCUUAACACAGGGCAAAAGAUGCUUCACUGUAGCACUGACAGCACAGAGUACUGACUGCACUAUGACCUGGCCUCCUCCCCACUACUGGACUGGUUCCUUUGAUUUAGAAUCUCACUCAAGCUGCUCAUACUCAACUGUACUGGCUCAAUAACCAUGUGACUAUUGAAAGUUUGGCUACUAGAACUGAUGGUGGCAUGAGCACUUGAAUCACACUGGCCUGCAGUGUGAUAUAUAUUUAUACAUUCUGUUCAAGGAGAGAAUGGUGCGCCUUUAUUCUGCCUUGCCAUUCUAUAUAAAAGGUACAAACACAGAAUGGGAGGAGGCCUUGUUGUUCUGCCUUUAAACCAGCAGCAGAGCUAGUCACAGAGACGAAUUAAAGUCUGGGUACAAGGGUGAGCCAGCACGGUAGGACAGAUGCUGACACUGUUGUGUCACACAUCACGCCACACCUCUGAUUCUGCAACGCCGCCUCUGCUUGGUUCAGUGUAAUCAAGCAAAGGUGGCAUAAUAAGGGGUCUUCCUAACAGCAGUAUAGUGGGGCCAGUGUUGUUUUCGCAGGCCUAGCUGUGUACCUCUUUUGCAUAUCAAGAUCUGAUCGUAACAUGGGCAGAAUUAAGAUAACAGGAGCACUUAUUAAUACCAGGUGUGGAUGCAGGUGGCGGCUAGGCCUUUGUCAAAUGUCUUUAACCAGAUAAUACGUCCAAACACAGAUUUUGCGAUUACAGCAGGUGUAAAUGGGACAGUCCAAUUCAGUUGAGAACAUAAGGCUGAAAGAAUAAGCAGUACCACAGUGUACUACCUGUUCAGUCUGGGUUGGGUCAUGCUGCAACACAGUCGUUGCUGAAUUGAGGCAUUGAGACACGUGAGUGAAGUUUGAAUUUAUUAUUAUUAUAUUAUGUUAUUUGUACAGUUUUUGUUAGCAUGUGAACGAGAGAGAAGUGGCUGUGUGUGUGGCUGCGAACAGAAGAUUGCAUUCAUUAAUUUGCUCAUUUUUAUUCAGUUGACGCUCCUUUGCCUUUUCUCACAAUAAGACUCUCACUGCUCUCGAAUACAAAGCUUGAAUGCGGAGAAAUGGUCUAAGCAGCUUCUUUUGUGACAUUGAUUUUCCUUUCAUGAGGAACUCACCUCUCCUCGAUUUAAACUGCUUACAAAUGUUUUUUUUUUUCCCCUCAGCUUUUUCAAAAUUAUUUACUAAAAUAUGACUCUGAUUUCUUGUCUCAGUUUCAUAGAACACUAACUUAUCCAAGGAACAAUUUCGGGGAUGCUGCGCUCUGCACAGCCCUGCUUUUGGCACUUAACUUCUUUUUCAUUUGCUUCAAUGUUAUGAGACACCUAAAGUGAGAGAGGCUUUUGUUCUGUAAUUAACAAGUUUAUAUGUACAUAGCAGCUCAAGUGAGGAAAGAGACUGUAACUAAGCGAAACUGUUUUGUUGGGUUUUUUUUUUUUUUUUUUUUUAUUAAGUUAUCCAUGUUAUUUUAAAACAGAAAUUUAAUGGUGUUCAAUAUCCUGAAAUAUGCAAAUAUAUAAAUAUCAUGGCCUGGGAGUUGUUUUUUAAUGUUUUUUUUUUCCUAAUGAAAAUAUGAUCAUAUCUAUUUGUGUUUUGUGGCUGUGAUGGAAGGUUAACUUUUUUAGAUAAUGCUUUGUUAAAUGCUUGUAUUUAUCAGAACUGUUUGUUACACAACAUUUUGCAAUUAUAAAUAAUUUGCAGUA